AGCCUACUUGCUAACAGUUUAGUAGAGACAUGAGUUUCACGACACGCACGAAAGCUAACAUAGUCUUUGUCGAAACGCUUUAAAUGCUAUGAGACAGAUGUGUAUUGAUGUUUUGUGCUUGUAACUCUAGUGAGCAACUUAUCGUAUUCAGUGUAUGUUUAGUUAAUGCCAACAUACUGUGCGUCAUUAUUUCAAAACGGUAUCGUGUAGCAUUAUAGCAAUUUCGAGUUAAUGUAGACGUCGCUUAGAAGGCUAAAGAUCGUUUAGAAAUAAUCUCAGUUUUCGUUCCCUCAUGUAACGAAAAAUGUGUAAAUGUAUGUAAAAGUCGAUGCGGGCCUUAGUCAUAGAGUAGAAGUUUAUAGAAAGGAGGUAACCGCUCUGCUAGAAGACCUCUAUUUUUUUAUACGUGGUCACGCGAAAGAGCACCUUUUUUUGCUCCGGAUUUAUGUUUUCAUACAUCGGCUUCAGCUUAGAGUUUGAUAACAUUAGAUCGCAUAAAAUUUAAACCCAUCACAACUAGCCCAACAGUCGUCAUCAAAAUCGCUAGCUGGGACCGUCACAUUCAAGUCUGCGCGAUCGAGCUUGACAAUUCAUUUCUCCCUAUAAAAUACUCUAAAGUAACACUUGAUUGUAAGAUUUGAAUUAAGCCUAACUCUUCGCACGCUGCAAGUUUUUCGCCUAUUUCUAUUAUCGCGACCAAGUGGCGACUGUGCAAGGGCACGCGGAUACGCAGUUCAUCUUCGGCGACUCGCUACUGCGACCCUCACGCACCGUUAUCGAGAUACAAAGCAGCGCGCCGUGCGCGGGACGUCACCGGCCACAAGAACAGUCUGUCUCGACUUGAAUCAACCAGGGCGACCGUCGCCACUUGUAAAUGGCCAGCGUAAGUUUUCUGCAGGCCCCGCGUGAUCUGGUUGCACCAAGUUUCGCCUUCUCAGUAUAGGGCGUGAAAUGUGGCUAGCUGCGUGCAGCUGUUCCUUAUGUCGGUUCGGUGCAGGCCUCGAAGUUCAGACCUUAGAAACACACAUAUUGUUGGUUCUCACAAACGAGGGUUUUAUUUACCCCGCAGUAUUUCUGAGGUUCUUCAUCAGCUGGCAGGCUCUCUGCGGUUCACUGGCCUUAUCACGGCUUGCUCUUCGCUCUCGACGACAUCCGCGAUGCACCGGAGCAUUGCUUUGGGGAGCGCUGCCUCUUCUACCUCUUGUGACCCUUCAUUCGUACGCUGGGUCAAAAGCGCUUGCAGAACUGCCUAUCCCAAUUUUCAUGGCUUUACAAACUGCAGCGUCCCUUAUUAACUGGGGUCUAGAUGCGGUACAGAACAUCGAACACAAAGCCGGACAAAGGCGCAUGUCACAGCUCUCUGUAUUUGUGUUGUCCGCUUUCGCUGUUUCAUCAGUACUUGUCCACUUGCCAACCUCGUACUCAACCGGUGCAUCUUGGAUGACCAUGCAUGUCCUUUCCCUUGCGUCCGUCAAAUACCUCGAGGCCAAUACAGUCAACCACUGCGUACGGGUUAACGUGAAACUUCGUGAACUGACGUACAAUUGUUCGGUCCUUAUCAUAUUAACAUCAAUGAGUGUUGCCGCCGGCGACUACUUUUACAUACUUGAAGCUUCGUACUUUCAACGACCGUCGUUUUGGAUAGCGUUUUUGAUGAGCGGGGCGGCGUCGGCUUUUUUGGCAGGUCGAUCAUGGAGUCUAUUAUCAUCAUCGAUGGCUCGAGUCACCACAGCUGUAACAGCGUUACUUCUACUUGGACUGCCUCACGGUAUUCCUGUCGAAAUAAACAUAUGGAUGAUUCUACUCUUUCUGUGUGUGCUUCGCCUCCAUGCCGGUCCUCCGCCGUCGCGGCCUUCCUGUCCUCAUGAAGCGUAUCGAGUUCUCAGCCAUAACGGGCAAAACCAUAACGCCGAUUGUCAUUUUCAAGCUAUCAUUUAGCCAGCAAUCGUUGCCUUG